AUGUCUAGGAUGAACCAACAGACUGUCUGGGAUGACUUUCCUACUCCUCAACUGCCAACCAUCGAAGGCCUGAGCCAGCCUAUGGACCCUUGGCUGUCAUCUGGCCCUUUACUUCCACAACCGCAACUGAGUUAUUCUCAUGUUACCCAAGGAAUAUCUCUUCAGAGCCCAUCAAAUGCGGCGCAGGCGCAUAGCUCAAGAUUAAAUGCCAACAACACUGUAGGCGAGAUGCAUGAAUCAAGGCCACAAGAGCCAAUCCCGCUACCAGAACUCUGGCGCCUAGAGCCUCGCAUCGCUCAACAACAUGGAAGUUCUUCGCAUGCCAUUGGGAGAGGAAAUGAUGAAAAUACCUCGUCAAAGCGACCCUCGCGAAAACCCAAAGCACCACCUCUUGGAGAGUCGCAGUGGGAACAGAAAAAGCCAUAUAUAGAGCAACUCUAUAUUGAAGAAGACCUUCCGCUGCCAGAAGUAAUGCGAAGGAUGUCGGAAAGUCACCAAUUCGUCGCGACAGAAAGAAUGUACAAGAACAGGUUCAAGGCUUGGCGCUGGUCCAAGAAUACUCCUGCCACAUGGAUGGCAAAGAAAGCAAGACAACGCAAGCUCGAUGGAAAGGAUACAGUAUUCUAUUGGAAUAACCAGAGAUGGACUGCGGACGAGUUGGCACAAAAGAAUGGCAAGGUUUGGCAGAAUCAGAAUACCGAUGGCGCAAUGAUCAUCUGCGGUCCCACUCCACACGACACCAAGUAUUACACACCCGGAAAUGAGAGCCCUCAGUGUGGCCGUGUCUAUCAGCAGCAGAUGCAGCUGCAGCCGCGCGGCUGGAGCGAGAGACGCAAGGAAGAGAGGUUUUAUCUGGACACGCCGCCAAUCAAUAUUGACGUCAACAAAGCAACAUUGUCCCAAUUCCAUGAUUUACUGAAAGAUGCCUCUCGUGCAGCCUCGGCCGGAAUGGUCGAUGAUGCUAAUGCAGACUUUCGUGAUGCUGUCUCAGGAUUUCGUUUCAAGCUCUCGCCAACUCACGACGAAACUCUCAGAGCCGCAUAUUCUUAUGCCUCCUUUUAUGCGAAAACCAACCAGAUGGAUAAAGCAGAUGCCGUACUUAAUUGGGUAUCUAACCAUCACGUCAAGAAGUGGGGACCAAGCCAUGAGAACACCUAUCUUCACUAUGCACGUGCAGUCGAGCUGUUUCAAGCUUGGGGCCGCCAAGAGCAUGCUGAGAUUCUUGUCUACAAGCUCUUAGAUGAUCAGCCAGAUGAAGGUGUCAGCCUUCUCGAGAUUGGACAUGAACCUUUUAUUCGAGAGCCCACCUGCUUUGAUAGAUCGUUCCCAGAGACGGACGAUCCCGAGGAGAUGAGCCAGCAACUCAGCAAGAUAGAUCUGGCAAUCAUGGCAAACAUCAGGGGUCUCAACGAUGUUCUCGCGGUUAUCAUUCGACAUUGUGAUCAAAGGCCUCAUGAUCUGAAUAUGUCGUUGCAAGCUUGUCGAGCCAAGUGUGCACUUGCAAGAUGGCACAAUAACGCUGGGGAUCAUGGGCAGGCCUUGAGUCUCCUGAAAGAUGCAAGAAGAUCCAUCACACCCUUCCUCGUUGUAGAGGAAGAACCCAUGUCACGGGCAACGGUACAAGCAGUGAAGGCACUCGCGUAUCAGUUUCUAGAGAUGAAAGACGAAUCUUCUUCCAAUACUGUGCUUGAAGACGUUGUUGACUCACUGGAUGCACGCUGCCAAACUUUUAAUUGCGAUUACAACGACAAAGCAUUUCUCCUGGACUUUGUUCUCGCUGUUGCCUUUCAUCUUCACGAGGUUGCUUCCUGGGACAAAUGCCGUUAUUGGGUCGAGCGGGGCUUAGGUCUUGCUAUAAGGUUGCAUAGCUCGAAGUCGCUAGAGGCUCGCAGAUUUCAAAAGAUAUUGGACAAAGAAGACUUUGAUAUGAGAAGUGCAAUAAGCGUUCAUGAUCUGAUGAAGUCUUCUGGUGGGUUGUUCAACAUUAGGUUAGUUUUGUAA